AAUCAAAAGGAGUCAGCGGCGUUGAAAGCUAAACUACAUGGCGAGUAAUAGCGAUAGUAACGUCACUAACCGGGAUGCUUUCCGUCAAGCCGUCGUUAACACCCUCGAACGACGGCUAUUCUAUGUACCGUCGUUUAAGAUUUACGGCGGAGUUGCCGGGUUGUAUGAUUAUGGGCCACCCGGAUGCGCUGUUAAGGCCAACGUCCUAGCUUUCUGGCGUCAGCAUUUUGUGUUGGAAGAGAACAUGUUGGAGGUGGACUGCCCGUGCGUGACGCCAGAAAUUGUGUUGAAGGCAUCGGGCCAUGUCGAUAAAUUCACGGACCUGAUGGUGAAAGAUGGGAAAACAGGAGCCUGUUACCGUGCCGAUCAUUUGCUGAAAGAUUUUUGCAAAGAAAAGCUAGAGAAGAAGGAUGUUAGCAUCACAGCCGACAAGGCUGCUGAGCUGAAGCAUGUUCUGGCUGUGUUGGAUGACCUUUCUGCUGAUGAAUUGGGUGAAAAGAUUAAGGAAUACGCCAUUGUUGCUCCAGAUACUAAGAACCCGCUUUCUGAUCCCUACCCUUUUAAUCUCAUGUUCCAAACCUCUAUCGGUCCAUCUGGGUUGAGCCCCGGGUUUAUGCGGCCUGAGACAGCUCAAGGCAUAUUUGUUAACUUCAAGGACCUGUAUUACUAUAAUGGAAAUAAGCUCCCUUUUGCUGCUGCACAAAUUGGUAUGGCGUUUAGAAAUGAGAUAUCUCCCCGACAAGGUCUAUUGAGAGUCCGCGAAUUUACGCUAGCUGAGAUCGAGCAUUUUGUGGAUCCUGAAGACAAGUCACAUCCCAAAUUUCCCGAAGUUUCGAAUUUGGAGUUCUUAAUGUUCCCAAGGGAGAAGCAAGUGUCUGGACAGCCGGCAGAAAAAACAUGCCUCGGUGAAGCAGUUUCAAAGGGCAUUGUCAACAAUGAGACACUGGGGUAUUUUAUCGGAAGGGUGUAUCUUUUCUUGACAUAUCUGGGUAUCGACAAAGAUCGAUUACGUUUUAGGCAGCAUCUGGGGAAUGAGAUGGCUCACUAUGCUGCAGACUGCUGGGAUGCUGAAAUAGAAUGCUCUUAUGGCUGGAUCGAGUGCGUUGGUAUCGCAGAUAGAUCUGCUUACGAUUUGCGAGCUCACACGGAUAAGAGUGGUGUUCCCCUUGUGGCACAUGAAAAAUUUGCAGAACCUAGGGAAGUGGAGAAACUCGUCAUCGUGCCGGUAAAAAAGGACCUCGGCCUUGCAUUCAAGGGUGACCAAAGAAUGGUUUGCGAAGCACUCGAGGCCAUGAGUGAAAAAGAAGCUAUGGAAAUGAAAGCUGAUUUGGAGUCCAAGGGAAAAGUGGAGUUCCAUGUAUGCACUCUAGCUAAAACUGUUACUAUAAGGAAGAGCAUGGUGACAAUCGCCAAGGAAAUAAAGAAGGAACAUCAGAGGGUUUUCACUCCAUCAGUGAUCGAGCCAUCUUUCGGUAUCGGACGAAUAAUCUACUGUCUUUACGAGCAUUCGUUUUACACAAGGCCCAGCAAGACCGGUGAUGAGCAGUUAAACGUUUUCCGUUUCCCUCAGAUCGUAGCACCGAUCAAAUGUACCGUGUUUCCACUAGUGCAAAAUCAAGAAUACGAGGAAGUUGCUAAACACAUUGCUCAUAUGUUAACUGCUGCUGGGAUAUCAUAUAAAAUUGAUAUUACAGGUACGUCUAUAGGGAAGCGUUAUGCUCGAACGGAUGAACUUGGUGUACCGUUUGCCGUAACAGUGGAUUCAACUUCCUCGGUGACAAUCCGGGAGAGGGACAGCAAAGUUCAGAUCCGUGUUAACGUGGAGGAGGUAGCGAGUGUGGUGAAAGAAGUGACAGAAGGUCAAAGCACUUGGAAUGACAUGCUCUCGAAAUACAAUGCUCCACAGGUUCCGGACGAUGAAUGACCUGAACCCUAGAGAUUUUAGCUCUGCUAGUUGCAUAUGGACUGUGGAAUGAUUCUUCUAUCAUCCGGGUUUUACUUUUUUCAGUGCUCAUCUUGUUAAUAUGGAUCAUACUGCUCUACUGGGAUAUUGGUUAUUAUACAGUGAGAUUUGGAACUAAAGUUUGAGAUUCAAAUACGACUUUCCACACAU